CUUCUCUGCCGGAACCUUUGCGUUAGGGCUCGCGAAUGGGAAGGAGGUCAAUCGUGAGAGGACCAUUGUGCACUGCCGGAACUGUCCCUUUCGGAAAGAAGAGGUUUGCUGUGCUGCUCCGCUUGCGGAGGUUAUCCGGACUAAAGAAUACAGGAGAGGCAUGCUGGCCCAGGUGGCUGCUUUUGGGGGGCUGAGCCUGCUUCGCAGAGGGGCAGGAAGUUCUCUGCUUAGUUCUCAGUUACUCUGGAAUGUUCAUUGUCGAGCGAACCAUUGGCAGUCUUCACUUCUUGGACUGAGGACAGCGCUACCCAUGAGAGCAGAGCCGAAGAAGAAGAAGAAGGUAGACCCAAAGAGAGAAAUAGCCCAGAGGGAUCGGAUGAAGAAGAAGAUAAAAAAAAUGGAAAAAGUUGGUCAAGAACUGAUUCCCAUUGAAGAUUUUAUAACACCAGUCAGAUUCAUGGAUGAAACAAGGGUGCGAGCCACCUCUCCGCUGUCCUUCGAAGAAAGCGACAGGCGAGCGCUGCUUCUCAAGAAGUGGUCUUCGUACAAGCAAAAGCAGCACAAGGCAGAAAUGGAUACAAUCAAAUCCCUUGUGUACGCCCGGGAGGAGGCAUUAAAAGAACUGCGCCUGGAAUCUGAGGAACUGUAUCAGGCAGCCGUUCAGCGAGAUGAUGGGCUGCUCCCUUUUGAGAGGCAGGAGCCUAUGCACUCACCACCGCUGCCUAAAUACGAAGCUCCCGAAGGGAAAUGCAUUGACAUCACUAAAGUAUAUACACAAUGAUUUGGAAAGGUUGCCAAGGAACUGCUGGAAGAUGCUCCAUUCAGUAAACGCAGUCACAGCAGUAUGAACAAUGUCUGGCCAUUUGUUGUGAGAAGCUAAUAGAAAAAAACCACGCAAGACCAACCAACCUUUUUCUGCCCUGCAGACACGCCAUACAUUUAAAAAACAUUCCCCCAUCCCAAGGAUCCUGGGAACUGUAUUUUAUUAAGGGUGUUGUAGCUCAGCGAGAGAUAAGUUAGUUCCCAGGAUCCUUUUGACGGUGGUGGAGAUAUGCUUUGAGUGUAUGCGCAACCUUAGAAUAGGCCCAGGUAUGUUCUAAACACCCACCAUCUUUUGUACAAACACCCACCAUACUUCUUUUUGUACAAAGAGUAUGCAACAUAAACACCAUUUGAAAGA